CGAGCGCGCAGAACUGCACUUUACGUUGUCAGCGAGCUCAGUUGAGUAGUCGGAUACAGAGUAGCGGGAGACCUACAACAUAUUCAGCUAACUUGUAACAUAUUUGUGCAUUAGACCAACAGGAUAUUUAAAAUAUUUACGUCGGCUACUCUAGUAGCAUAUUUAUUAAUCACCUCAGUCGACUGAGAAAGACAUUUGAGCAGUAACGUGAGCUACGUAAUUUUUCAGAAGUCGAAUUAGUUUAACAUUAGUCUUAACAUUUAAAGAAACGCGCAACAAUGUUCGAGGCUCGGCUUGUCCAGGGUUCGAUUCUGAAGAAGGUUCUGGAGGCACUUAAGGACCUAAUAACUGAGGCCUGCUGGGAUGUCGCCUCCUCGGGCAUCUCCCUUCAGAGCAUGGACUCGUCUCACGUCUCCCUGGUCCAGCUCACCCUCCGCAGCGACGGUUUUGACUCUUAUCGUUGUGACCGCAAUCUUGCCAUGGGAGUUAAUUUGGGCAGCAUGUCCAAGAUCCUCAAGUGUGCGGGAAAUGAUGACAUCAUCACCCUGCGCGCGGAGGACAACGCAGACACGCUCGCCCUGGUCUUCGAGACUCCCAACCAGGAGAAAGUGUCCGACUACGAGAUGAAGCUGAUGGACCUGGACGUGGAGCAGCUGGGAAUCCCAGAGCAGGAGUACAGCUGUGUGGUGAAGAUGCCCUCCGGGGAGUUCGCCCGCGUCUGCAGGGACCUGUCCCAGAUUGGGGAUGCCGUCAUGAUCUCCUGCACCAAGGACGGGGUGAAGUUCUCCGCCACGGGCGAGCUGGGCACCGGGAACGUCAAGCUGUCCCAGACCAGCAACGUGGACAAGGAGGACGAGGCGGUGACCAUCGAGAUGAACGAGCCUGUGCAGCUCAUCUUCGCCCUCAACUACCUCAACUUCUUCACCAAGGCCACGCCGCUGUCCAAGACCGUCACCCUCAGCAUGUCUGCAGACAUCCCCCUCGUGGUGGAGUACAAGAUUGCUGACAUGGGCCAUGUUAAGUACUACCUGGCGCCCAAGAUCGACGAGGAGUCGUCCUAAAGCUGGAGCUCCCUGGAGAUGGGGGGGGGCAUUGGCGGGGGCUCUGCUGGAGGUGGGAGGGGUCGAGGAGCCAUCGACUGCAGUAGUCAGCUCUACAAUGCCUUGCCCGUUGAAUCUCAUCAGUUUCCCCCGACUCAACACAUCCCAUCUUUGUCUGUGAAACUGAAACUAGUUUCUACCUGCAUCGCUCAAAGGCAUUGUUGGGACAGGCAGAUGCCUUUUGGCAGAUGUCUACCCUUUGAAGACAGCUAGAACAUGGUUUUAAGAGUUUGUUUUUAUUUGUUUGGAGCACUUAACAAUAUUCACUGGACUUUGAUUGGUUUGAGGUUGGGGAUGGGGAUUUUAUUCCUGCAUAAAUGAUUUUUGGAUUGUGGGGGUGAAAGAAUUGUAUUGAAUUGUAUUGUAUUCUGAAUGUUGACGGGUCGCCCGGCAACACAAACUGCUCUUGCCUCUAGCAUCACACCAUUCUCAUCUCUCCCCUCCUCUUCUUCACUGUACUCUCAAAAACUUUCAUUCCGAUUUGUAGAUACUACCCUGUAAAUAUUUCUGCUCUCUGUUUUGCCUUCCAUGUCCUCAAAUGCUGCAGUAAAACAUUUGUAUGUA